GAUGAAAUUCUUAAAGCAGCAGUGAUGAAAUAUGGGAAAAACCAGUGGUCACGAAUAGCAUCAUUACUUCAUCGCAAGUCUGCAAAGCAGUGCAAAGCGCGAUGGUACGAGUGGCUGGACCCAAGCAUCAAGAAAACAGAGUGGACACGGGAAGAGGAGGAGAAGCUGCUUCACCUGGCAAAGCUGAUGCCCACGCAGUGGCGAACCAUUGCACCGAUCAUCGGCCGAACUGCUGCUCAGUGCUUGGAGCACUACGAAUAUCUGCUAGAUCAAGCUCAGAAGAAAGAAGAAGAAGGGGACAUUCUUGAUGACCCACGCAAGUUAAAGCCCGGUGAGAUUGAUCCCAAUCCAGAGACAAAGCCAGCCCGUCCGGAUCCAAAGGACAUGGACGAAGAUGAGCUGGAGAUGCUGUCGGAAGCCCGAGCCCGCCUUGCCAACACGCAGGGCAAAAAGGCCAAACGCAAAGCGCGUGAGAAACAACUGGAGGAAGCGAGGCGCCUGGCAGCCCUGCAGAAGCGGCGUGAGCUCCGCAUGGCAGGCAUCACACUGCCUCCCCGCCGACGCAAACGCCACGCCAUUGACUACAACAAGGAGAUACCUUUUGAGAAGCGACCUGCCCCAGGGCUGCACGACACCUCGGAGGAAGUCUACGACCCGGCCGAGACCGACUUCCGACGCUUGCGGCAACAGCACCUGGACGGGGAGCUGCGCAGCGAGAGGGAAGAGCGUGAGCGGCGCAAGGACAAACAGAAGCUGAAGCAGCGCAAGGAGAACGACCUGCCCCCGUCUCUCCUGUCAGCAGAACCCGUGCGCAAGCGCAGUAAGUUGGUGCUGCCCGAGCCCCAGAUCUCCGAGCAGGAACUGGAACAAGUGGUCAAGCUGGGCCGUGCCAGUGAGACGGCCCGCGAGGCUGCCCAGGAGGCUGGCCACCAGGCUUCGGACACCCUGCUGGCUGACUACAGCCUCACACCGACCACGGGGCCCUUGCGGACACCUCGGGCACCUGCUCUCAGCCGGGACACCAUACUGCAGGAGGCACAGAAUAUCAUGGCCCUGACCAACGUGGACACCCCUCUGAAGGGUGGCCUUAACACUCCUCUGCACGAGACUGAGCUGGGCGGACCAGCAACACCCAAGAAGGCGGGUGCAGCACAGACACCCAACAGCCUCAUAGUGACUCCAUUCCGGACACCCAACGCUGCUGACGGCAUGACGCCUCGAGGUGCCAGGACACCAGGGAGCAUUUCAUCACAACAGACCAGUGCAACACCACUGAGGGACAAGCUGAACAUCAACCCUGAAGAUCACCUGGACUUUGACUCCAAUCAGUCAGCCAAGCACUUUCAGAGAGAGAGCAAGCAACAGCUGCUGAAAGCGCUGUCAUCGUUGCCGUCUCCAAAGAACGACUAUGAGAUCGUGGUGCCAGAGGAUGAUCCCAGCGUCCAGGAGCAUUCAGCGCCUGGCCCGUUUGUUGAAGACCAGGCAGACAAGGAUGCUGCCAAGGAGCAGCAGAGGCUCGAAAAGCUGGAAGCGGAGCGGAAGCUGCAGUCUCAGCCCGUGCAGCGCUGCCUUCCUCGGCCACUGGACGUCAAUGCAUCGGUGCUGCGGCCUGCACACACAGAGCCCCCGCUGACAGACCUGCAGAAGGCCGAGGAGCUCAUCAAGCAGGAGAUGCUGGUGAUGCAGCACUACGAUGCCCUGCACAACCCAACCGAAGCCCAGCAGUCAAGCCGCAAGGGAGCAGGCGACGAGGCUGCACACCUGGCAUACCUUGAACGCCACCCCUACCACAAGUACAGCCAGGACGAGCUGGAAACCGCUUGCGAGGUCCUUCAGGCCGAGAUGGAUGUGGUGAAGAAGGGUAUGGGCCACGGAGAGCUCAGCUUGGAGGCCUACUGCCAGGUGUGGGACGAGUGCCUGGCUCAGGUGUUAUUCCUGCCUGCACAGAACCGGUACACACGGGCCAACCUCGCCUCCAAGAAGGACCGCAUCGAAUCACUCGACAAACGCCUCGAGCAAAACCGAGGUCACAUGACAAGAGAAGCCAAGAAAGCAGCCAAAGUUGAGAAGAAGCUUCGAGUUCUGCUGGGAGGCUACCAGUCACGAGGACAGGCUUUGAUAAAGCAGAUCCAGGAACUUGCGGAGCAGAUUGAGCAGACGCACUUGGAACUGAAGACCUUCCGAGCUCUGCAGGAGCACGAGUCAUUGGCCAUCCCAAAAAGGGUUGAGGCUUUGACUGAAGAUGUCAACCGUCAAGUGGAGCGAGAAAAGGCCCUGCAGAAGCGCUACGAUGACCUGCUUCAACAGAAGGAACUCGUCGAAGAAGCCCUGCUGGACAUCAGAGCCUAGAGCUGUCAUAGUAUGCUGUUGCA